AUGAAGACCGCAUCUUUCGUCUCGCUCCUUGGCAGCAUCGCCCUCUUCGGCGGCAGCGCCUCUGCAUUCAAGGGCUGGAUUACCGCACACACUGCCGUCAAACCCGCCGGCCCUCCCUGCGCCGCCAACCCAUACAUUGGCGAUUUCAACUAUGUUGCCAUCUACGACAGCUAUUCGACGUCAACUUAUGCUUGCGCCACAACAAAACCUCCGUGCGAGUGCAAGAAGAGCUGCAAGUGCAAUGUGGAGUGCUGCGAGACCAGUCCCGGCGGGUACACUUUCAAAGCCACCUACUGGCAGUCAGACGAUGGUUGCCACAACUUCGACUUCAAGGGUGCCCUGGAUGCCAAGGCAGGAUCCUGUAAAUAUCCCACCAACAAAGGUGCCGCCCCCUCUUGCCAGUUUGCCGCAUGA